GAGUCCCUUGGACUGCGACACCUGCUGCCCAAGUUUGAGAAGCCCCUGGGCGUGCGGCACCUUCAUGAGGUGUCGGAGCUGGAGAUUGCAGAUCUGGAAGAGAUUGGGCUGAGCCGCCUGGAGGUCCGGCGCCUUCGUGCCGUGGCAGAGCAGGCCUCAACCCAGGAAUCGCGGUGGCCCCGCACAGAGCCACCGUCGAGCAGUGGGAGACAGCAGUACCCGCAGAGCGCGACUGAGGAAGCGUCCCGGCCAUCUCCUUCCACUGCUUGGGCUUUGGCUGGCGCCGGUGCCGGGCGGCCG